GACAUUGUGGGUUACCUACAAUGCCAAGAGAUGGCGCUGCCUUGCAGCCUAAGGCUAGAGAAAAUUCGACACGGCCGUCAGGGCCUCGGUAACAUAAUUUCAUAGUAGCAUGGAAAGGGAAUCUUAUUGUAUCGAGUGUAUAAACAUUGAUAUCUACGAUAAGUUUGAUAGAGAAUUAUCGAUCAAUAUAAUCAUUUCAUGUGAAAAAGUGGGAAUUAUUUCCCACGUUGAUGAUUUAUUAGUGUUAUCACUUUUGAAUAACAGUAAUAAUAUCAGUCCCGAGAAUAAAUUUAAUCAUUACGAGCGAUACGUGGAAGCUAUAAUGAUAGCUUUUCAAGUAAGUAGUCAAAAUUGAGCCGCAAGAGCCUCGUGACCCAUCGGAAGCGGAAGGUGUGUCACGUAGUACUAGAGCAGGUUCAAAGACACGAGGUAGGAAACCGUCUAAAACUCCACGACGCGGUAGAAGUGGAAGUAGAGCACCGAGAUCAACUAGUCAGUCACCGGAGGAAAGGACCCGAAAACCACCAACUAGGAGAGCUUCGACGCCUGUUAAAAUUGUCGAGGUCGAGAGCGCACCAGAUCCGAUAGCGUCGCCAUCUAUUAGUAGAAUAACUAAGCAGUCUUCUUCUUCAUCGACUGAUAGUACUCUGGCCACUGCGACAGCGAAACUUGGAAUAGAAGUCAAACGUUCCAUUAAAUUAUCGACUGAAUUAAGAAUCGCAGAAAGGAAAAUACUAGAUUUGACCAAUUUAGUAGACGCUUUACGUCUUGAGAACGGCUCUUUGAAAGCUUAAAUGGACGGAGCCAACGCUGACAGUGUCGCUCAACAUCAGGCCGCUAUCGAAGCAAUUAACAACCGAAUGGAGUAAUUUAGUAGGACCAUUGAGGAUCUGUCGGCCUAAGUGGGUGCUUCUUUGGCAGCAAGACCUCACAGUGCUUUCGACAUGAAUGUUUGUGUUCAUCAGCAAACAUCAGUCAUUGAUAGGGCAUCAGUUUGUUUCGGUAUCCGAGAUUAUCAGAGCAGUCGCUGUUGCCCACAGGAUCAGAUUCACUACUGUUUCCGGCAGGAAUGAGAUCAGAACAUUGUUCAUGAGUUUUAAAAGUUAUGAUAUAAACCCAAAGACCCGUUUCCCGGCGGAUGGUGAGUACAUUAAUGUGAACAACAGAUGUGUUUCUAUACACAUAACUCGUAAAUUAAAUGCGUGUGAUAUAGGUGAACGUUCUAUGGAACAUUCUGAGAACACAGCCACACGUAAAUACGCACCAUUGGACGAUGCGAAACAAUCUUGCUUUAAUAGCUUGAAAUUUUUACACAAUUUACUUUGUGGAGCUAAGACCCUGAUAGAGUGUUGGAUACUGUACUCUAUGAUCACGUUCGAGAAAACGUUUGAUCUUAAAUGGGGUAACCCUAUGAGUACUUAAAUUUAAUUAAUAUUGCAUGUUAAUGUUAGGUGAUAAUUAUCUAUUGUUUGCGUAAUAGUUGAUUAGUUAUGUUUAAAAUUGUUAGGUUAUGUGUACCUUAACUUGUUUUCAUUUGUUUGUUUCUUUUCUUGAUUUGCAUUUAAUUUCAUUUUUUUAUUAUAAUGUUCAGUGCAUUCACCCGGAUAGCGUAGAGUGCGUGCGGGUUCGAGUCCCGUCUGCUGCCUGGUCCGCGUGAAAUUUUUUCUAGUAAACUUUUUUUACUUUUAUAAAAUUCUUUAUUCAUAAACGUUCAAUAAACCCUCUUUAGGUAUGAUCUCGUUAUAAGACACUUUAGCGCUGUUAUGUUGUCGUUCUGAUGAAUCCAUAGAUGAAAACAGCAAACCACUGUUAUCUACGGCAAAAAAAAACAACGUCACAUAACAUUUGUUUGUCAAUAUUGCUUGCUUUGUGCAGAGGUUUUUCGUGUAAUUUUUGCGUAGGAAAUUGGAUUGCUUAAUGGAAAUACAAAUGGCAAACAAAAAAAAAGAAGAGGCAAAAAUUGCCUGGGAGAAGAUAAGAUAAAUUCAACAAUUUUCGCUAAGGUACACGACUGUUUGUUAAUUUAUAUUAGCAUAUUUUUCGUUCAUAAACUGAUGGCCUAUAUUAUUUCCGUAGAAUUUAUUGAUGGAUUUGGUGAGGAACGUGUAUCCUUUAUCGCACCACUCGUUGUCACGUCUGGUGUGCCCCAGGGAACGCACCUCGGGCCCCUUUUUUGACGUUUUCAUAAACGAUCUUACAGAACGCUUAACGUUUGCUCUAUGCGGAUGAUCUCAAGAUGUUUAUGACAAUAAAAAACCAAAAUAAUGCGGAGGUUCUUCAGAAAAAAUAUGAACAUCCUCGACCAGUGGUGCACUAGCACUGACAUGCUAUUAAAUGUUGACAAAUGUUUUGUCGUGUCUUUUACUAAUAAAAAGCACAAACUUCUUUAUGACUAUAUAUUGCAUGGACAUACUCUCGAGCGAAGAAAUGUUGCCAGGGAAUUUGGUGUCUUUUUUGAUGAAAAGCUUACUUUUCGAGCUCAUUAUAAUCGCAUAGUGGACAAGUGUAAUCACACACUUGGUUUUAUUUGCAUCGUACUAAAGGCUUCAAUAAUCCAGAAAGGCUAGUCCAAGAAUUAACAAUUCAUCGCAGUAAAUCUGGUCAAGGUGCUAUAGUAAAGAAAAAAUACGAUCAUUUUGACUCCUUGUUAUUUUUGGUCCCAUCAUUACAAAAAAGGGAGACUAGCAACAACAUCAAAUUUACAUUAGAAGAUUAUUCUGAUACUCAUACAACUGAAAGGCCUUCACUUCAAUGAGUACUAAUAUUCGAACUCCAUCUCAUAAAAAGGUGGCCAAAAGCCAAAGUAACAAUGAUGAUUAUGAACAAAAACUGUUAAAUUUUUUGACUACGACUCAAAUGAUUGUACCAAUGUUACGAAAAUUGAAUGAUGAUCAAAAUCAUUUUGCUAAGAUAGAAAUUAUGAACAUUUUGCAAAAAGCCAAAUCUUUCUAUCCAUUCGAACAACAAAUUCAUGGGCAAGUAUAUGGACCUCGUAUGUCAUUCACACCAACACCAACGCCGUCUCCGCAAUCGUAUUAUACACAUUCUCCAUCUCCAACUAUGCCAGAACAGUCACCAGUUUCAACACCAGCGCCUGCUACGUCUUCAAUAACUAAGAAGCCACAGAUCAUUCGUGAACAAAUAAUAGCGACUGGGCAACAAAAUAGAGGACAGUUUGUUACGGGGCCUGCAAAACAAAUGAUCUAUUUACCGCUUAAUACUUCUACUCCAUCAACAUCGCAAUCACCCAUGAAUUCUAUUCGAGAACUUGAUCAUCCAGAACUGUUGCAAUAUAUAGACCUUAAUAAACAUGAACCUUCAGCUGCUAACUAUCUGUCACAAUUUCAGGAACAAUAAAUAUAUAUUUGUUUAAUAAUAAAAUUCCAUAAUUUCGAUAUUCUUAUCUGGUUUUCUUACUUACCUCAAAGUUACAGCAGACAACCGCUCCUUUGCGAAAUGUCGUAUCCAUAUGAGUAAUGUAUGGACGUAUACAUUGUAAAAUUUUAUCCAAGCUGGCUACUGACAUCCGAUAGUAGUUGAAAAAUUUCUCAUUAUAUUUUCUUAAAUCUUGAUACUUCUUAUGAAAGAAACCUUUCUUAAAUCUUCUGCUAGUUAAUGGAUGGACCCAAUAUUUACGAAAUUUGUGACGACGUUUUCUUUUUCUGUUUCUUAGUAUUAGAGCAACAAUACAUACAGCUCUCCUGAAAUCCAUCCUCAAACUGUGAGAAAUCGUGUCUAGUUUCGCAGUUUUCAAUCGUAGUAUGUGUGCUUCGGGAGGUUUCGCGGUUUUGCGGUUUACCGCUUGCGGGAAAUAACCGUAGUGCGCCCUAGCACUUAAUCAUGAGGUUCUUGUAGUAGGUAUCUUGUUAAGUAUGGUAUACUUUUAUAUAUUUUAUUUCUAUGGCAACACUGUACUACUUGUUUCUUCCGGUGACAUUACUUAGCUUUACGUUUGUAGCUUUACAUUAUAAUAAAAACAAAUGAAUAAAACAAAUCCAGUUUUAUUGCCAGUAAUUCAUAAUUAACAUGGUAGCAGCCCGUUGGUUUAAAGAAAUGAUAAAUUCAAGUGCAAACAGUGUCGACGAUAUAUAAAUACAAAAAAGAAAAAUUAAGAAGCUCACUAAAAAUGGCGUACGUAAAACAAAAUGAUAUUAUAAUUCCUAUCUUUGACGGAACCGAAUAUAAUAACUGGAUGAUAAGAUUAUUAAAAUUUCUUCAAUAUAAAAAAUGUUAAGAGGUUG